AGUGCCCCGUGCGGGGCUCAGGGGAGGUGCCUCCCCUCAGCCACCAGCGGGCGGGCCGGCCGGCCGUCUAUAAAGCCGCGGGCCGGUAGUUAGCUGCCGUUCAGCCUGGCGAUGCUACAGAUGCUGUGUCUGCGGUUCCUCCUGCUCCUCUUUUUCCUCGGGUCGCUCGGCGCGCUCCUUGCUCCCCGCCGCCGCCGGGGGAUCGCGCCGCUGCCCGCCCCGUACCUCACGCGGUACCUGACGCAGCAGAUUGAUCACUUUGGAUUUGAUGAAAAUCUUACGUUCCAGCAGCGAUAUCUGAUAGCAGAUCAGCACUGGAAGAAAGACAAUGGGCCUAUACUGUUUUAUACAGGCAAUGAGGGAGACAUCACGUGGUUCUGCAACAACACAGGUUUUAUGUGGGAUGUGGCUGAAGAACUUAGUGCCAUGUUAGUAUUUGCUGAACAUAGAUAUUAUGGAGAAUCCUUGCCCUUUGGAAACGAAUCUUUCAGUGAUUCCAAGCAUCUGAAUUACCUGACCUCAGAACAAGCUCUGGCAGACUUUGCAGUACUAACUGAGUACUUAAAGGAGACCAUUGCAGGAGCCCGUCACAGUCCUGUCAUAGCCAUUGGAGGGUCUUAUGGGGGAAUGCUGGCAGCCUGGUUUCGGAUGAAAUACCCCCAUGUGGUAGUUGGAGCACUGGCAGCCUCUGCCCCGAUCUGGCAGUUUGGUGAUUUGGUUCCCUGUGGUGCUUACUUUACCAUAGUGACUAAUGAUUUCAAAAAGAGUGGGACUGGCUGCUCAGAAAGCAUCCGGAAUUCCUGGAAUGCCAUUAACCACCUUUCCUCAACAGAUGCAGGUUUACAGUGGCUUUCCAGGACAUUUCAUUUGUGCAGCCCAUUGAAAAAUCUUCAGGAUGCUGCUAUGUUGAAAAGUUGGCUGAGUGAAACAUGGAUAGACUUGGCUAUGGUGGAUUAUCCCUAUAAAGCUGACUUCUUACAGCCUCUACCAGCUUGGCCUAUACAGGAAGUUUGCAAGUUCUUAAAGGACCCCAGUCUCUCUGACAAAUUGUUGCUGCAGAAUGUUUUCCAGGCAAUAAACAUCUACUACAAUUAUACAGGAGAAGCCUCCUGCUUUGACAUGUCUGAGACUGCAACAAAGAAUCUGGGCCAGCUGGGUUGGUACUAUCAGGUCUGCACUGAGAUGGUGAUGCCCAUGUGCACAGAUGGUGUCCAUGACAUGUUUGAGCCUCAGAAAUGGGACUUUGAGGCACUUUCAGAUGAAUGUUUCAAGCUGUGGGGAGUGCGACCUCGCCCCUCUUGGAUUCUUUCUAUGUUUGGAGGGAAAAACAUCAGUUCACACAGCAACAUCAUCUUCAGCAAUGGUGGCCUGGAUCCAUGGUCUGCAGGUGGAGUGACCCAGAACAUCACAGAUUCCCUUGUGGCAAUUGUGAUCCCAGAUGGAGCUCAUCACCUGGACCUACGUAGCCGCAACCCUUGUGAUCCCAAAUCUGUGCAACAAGCUCGGGCUUUGGAAGUCCACUAUAUGAAGCAGUGGAUUGCAAAGGCCAAGCACCAGCACUGAAGUGGUACUGUAACAACUGUGGUCGUUAUACCUCUGCUGGCUUUGCUGGGAUCAGGACUGCUCUGUGUUGUUUUCUCCUUUGGCUUUUCUCCAGUGCUGUACUUCAGGGUAGAGUUUCUGUUCUAGGCUUGAUGCCUUCCUUGUUGCACUAUAUGGCUGUCCUUACUGCUUGUAUACAUAAUGGAUUAAAGAGCAGUGCUGUUCAUGUUGAUGCCAAACUCCCUCUGUAUUCAGUGGGAUUGAAUUUUGGACAUCUCAGCCCUCAGCUGGUGUAAAUUGUCAUGAUAAUGGCACAGAAUGAGGGAACAGAAAUUGCACCUUACUGCAACUGGAGAGGGAGGGAAGGCAUGGGCAGAAACUGGCUGUGAAGUUUGUAAGGAAACUAAACAGCCCUUACCCUUUGGAACUGAUGCUGGGAAAGAAAUAAAUCUUUAUUUUUUAAACUAGUUUUCUGGAAGUUUAUUAACAUAGCUGCCUUAAGUGGCUUUUCCAUUCUGUACUACACUGAAUGGUCAGGGCUGGACCCAGACUCUUGCUCAUAACUGGCUGAGAAUGCAAUCUGCAUCAGUGUUUUUAUUUCUUCCUUUGCUAUCUAUCCUAUUCAUGAAAUGCCACUGUGAUGAUGGUUGCCAAAGAAAACUGGGUGUGUUUUGUGUGUGUGUAUAUAUGUGCAUCUCCCAUACACACUUAGCUUUUUUCAAAUCAGGAUGCUUUCAAAGCCAUUCUCUUGAAGAGCAAGUGUGACACUUUGCUGGGUAGAUCUUACGAAGUGACAAAUAAUUGGGGCUGUGCCUUGUGUGGGUUCCUCCCUCUCCCCCCAUUCUGUGUAUUGUUCAAAUUCUGCAUGAUCUGUUUGCUGAUGGCUCUUCAAUAAAAGCCUUUAAAAAAAAUUGUUUGCGGGACGAACUAUUCAAAACACAGAAUGCAGCUACCCUCUUGGAGCAGGCUAAAGCAUGGUGCUGAGCUCAACAAGCCAGGUGCACUGGGCUUUCUGUAAGACUUCCAAACCAGACAAACUGCCCUGAUUCAUGAGGCAGCAUAUUUGACAUUAAUAAAUGGCUGGGGCAGCCCCCUCAUUUUCCAGCUUUGGCUUCAUUCACACUGAAGCCCUUCUUCAGAAAGGCUUCUUUGCAGUUUAAAAGACAACUGCAUUUCAGGAAGACUCAGGCAAGGCUUGUUGUCCUCAGGCUCUUAAAAUUCCAACUCUGUUGAAAAGUUUUCUCAGCUUGGCUGAUAUGCCUGAUAGUUCAGGUUUUUCCUAAGACACCAAGUGGGCUUUUCUGUUAGCAGUCUCCUCCUGCCCUCAGGGAACAAAGUAAACCCAAUGUUGAAAUUUAAUCUUUUAAUACAUACCUGUGCAUUUCCUUUCCAUUAGAGUUCCUGACUUUCUCUCACCUUAUUCUAAUGUAUUAAAUCUCAGCAUAAACGCUGUAUUUGAAUCUGAAUGGCUCAUGCUCUGUUUUGAGCAAAGUACUUAGAGAAUGUAGAAUUACAUUAACUAUUUUGAAGAAAUCAUAUUUAAAACAAUCGUUCAGUUUUAUUCAGUCUUUUUCUAAACCUUGCUAUCUGCCAGACUUCAGCAGUGAGAUUCUGUGACUCCAGUGCACUUUGGAUCAGCAUUUUGCAGCUUUGACCAGGUUAUGAUUUAGGUGACUUUCUUUCUGUUACCAGUUGUUCUUUCUUUUUGUUUCUUCAAGUAGCUGAAACCUUGAAUAUGAAUAUCUUAAGCAUUCAGACCUUGUCUUAAAUUUUAUGUACACGUUAAUGUAUGCUGGUGAGGAACUGCCUGUGUGACUACCUCAUCUAAAUGUUAGUUCUUCUGAUUGCUCAUGUAGGUGAGAACAAAAUGGGUCUUGGGGAAUUGCUGACUUCUUUUUUCAGGCAUAUAAUGAUGGGCUGUACUUCAUCUCAAUCUUACUGGUAUAGUUCAUCUCAAGCUCUUGGUCUGUGUCAUGAAUGUUUUGAAUUUAAAAUGUAUGUUUGCUACUAACUGAGGAAAACAUUAAAAAGAAAAAAGGAAUGAAUGACAUAUCCAGCACAUGAAUCUUACUGGUGCAACUGCAGUUUGUAUCAAAAACACAUUAAAAACAUCCAGCGUGA